AUGUACCUCAACGUUGAUUUAUCAUCCCCAAUCCUACACUCUUAUAUCAACCCAGAUACGCUUCAUCCUCUAUUCACACUCAUAUUUCUCAUUCCCUAUCUUUACCCCACGCACAAUUCCUCGACCACAUCGCAAGCCCUGUCUUCGUAUUCAGAGACCCCCUCAAAUACACCCCGCCAGACGCCAAUUCACACUCGCCCAAAAAAAAAAAAAACCCCCGCAAUCAUGUCCGAAAUCGAAAAGGUCCUCACCACCGCGGCCCCGCCGCCCCUGCCGCAGUUCUCCCAAGCCAUCAAGUACAACGGCAUGGUCUACUGCUCUGGCAGCAUCGGCAUCCUCACCGACAGGCCCGGCAUGGUGCAGGCCGAGGGCACCGUCAAGGACCGGACCCGCCAAGCCCUCAAGAACCUCGCCGCCGUCCUCGAGGCCGCGGGCAGCAGCCCCCGCAACAUCGUCAAGGUCAACGUCUACAUCACCAAGAUGGCCGACUUCGCCAUCAUGAACGAGGCCUACGACGAGUUCUUCACCUGGGACCCCAAGCCCGCCCGUACGUGCGUCGCUGUGUACCAGCUGCCGCUGGGCACUGACGUCGAGAUCGAGUGUACGGCGUUCCUUAACAAGCCUGCCCAGAAGCUGUAG